AUGGCUUCAGCAACACGGUCAUUGGUACAAACCACCAGAUUCCUGGUCCAGAGGGGGCCAGGGAGAAUCUCCACACGCUCAUUUUCCGUCUCACCAUACCGAUUUGUCUCCGAAGAUCCGGUCGUGCCUCCUCCGCCCAAGGAAAUGAGACCGGAGGACUUUCCGCCAAUGCCGGAGUACUCGCCAGAGCAAUUGAACCCGGAACAGCGCUCGAUGUAUGAUAUGCUUUCUCCAGCAGAGCGCGCGGCCUUUGAUGCCGAGAACAAGCGUCUUGUGGCCGAUUACAACGAUAUCUCCAAGCGAACUGCUGCAUUUGCGGAGCUGGAGAAGAAGGUCAAUCAGAUUGACAAGGCGGAGGACAUAAGAUUUGAGGAUGUCCGAAACACCUCACGUGGAUUCUGGGCUGAGGAUGAAGACGAUGAAUUCGCGAUGGUUGAGGACGGUGACGAGGAGGUCAACGACGACGAAAUUACCUCCAUGGCUCAUGCGGAGAUGGAAUUCCACAGGGAAAUGCGAGAGUAUGCUCGAAUUGCCGCUUGGGACAUGCCAAUGUUGAGCAAACUCGCACAGCCCUUCACCCUGCCCCCGGAAAACCACAUCCUUCGUUUCCGUUACACUACCUAUAUGGGUGAACAGCACCCCGCUGAACCCAAGGUUGUUGUCGAGCUUGCCUCCAAGGAUUUGUCUCCCAAGAUCCUCACCGAAGCCCAGCGCCAAACCUUCCUCAAGCUGGUCGGCACCCGCUACAACCCCCAGACCGACGUUGUGCGCAUGUCCUGUGAGCAAUUUGGCUCUCGCGCUCAGAACAAGCGCUAUCUUGCCGAUAUUGUUAACUCUCUUAUCAAGGAGGCCAAGACAGGUGAUGCCUUUGCUGAUAUUCCUCUCGAUCUCCGCCACCACAAGCCCAAGUUCCGUCCCCAAUUCCCUGACUCCUGGAAGAUGACCGAGGAGCGUCGCAGGCAGCUCGCUGCCCGUCGAGAGGAGCGCUACAAUGCCGAGAAGCAGCGUGAGCUCGUUGAUGGUAAUGAAGUUGUUGGCGGUGCUGUCCUUUCCCUUCCAGAGCUUAACCCUGCCCUGCAGGCCAAGGCCACACAAGAGCGGGAGCGUGUUGCUGUUAAGGUUGGAGCUCGUGGGAAAAAGCCUGCUCGUCGGUAA